CGUAACAUGGUGGCCAUCGGUGCAUCGAACCGUCGCGGUGGUGUUGGUGAUGCCUCCAGGGGUAUAUAUACGACGAGCGCUGCGGGGCUUGAUAAACACUUGCCCAUCAGCGAUUACCGCCGCAGCAUGUACACGUCAUUGGUAGCCUUGAUCGCGCUGGCGGCGUGCGCCCUAGCGGCCCCCGCCGAGGACGUGAUACCGAUCGUCAGCCAAAGCCAGGAAGGCCCGAACCCGGACGGCUCGUACAAGUGGAACUACGAGACCGGCAACGGCAUCAAGGCCGAGGAGGAGGGCCACCUGGAGGACGCCGGCAGCGAGAACGAGGCGAUGUUGGCGCAGGGCGCCUUCAGCUACCAGAGCGACGACGGCCAGUCGAUCUCAUUGACGUACGUGGCCGACAAGAACGGCUUCCAGCCGGUGGGCGCGCACCUGCCGACCACGCCGGAAAUCCCGCCGCUCAUCCAGAAGGCCCUCGAGUGGAACGCGGCGCACCCGUCCAAGGAUGACGAGAACGAGGUGUAACAACGCCACCGGCGCCGCCGUCCACUAUGUGUGAUCUCACGACCUCACGUAAUUAUUCACGCCACAAUGGAAGACGAUCCACGGUGCAUGCCGAUCGAGCCGGAUAACGAUGACGAUGACGAUGACGAUGACGAUGAGUGUUGCCGCCGACCGCGAAGGCCCUCGCCCAAAUGAACGAACACGGACUGCUCUGGUUCAAAUUGUGUUGUAAAUAUUUAUUGUACGCCUAUACGACAUUACGGAGAGAGAGAGAUAUAUAUAUAUAUACGUAUAUAUUCUAUUUUAUUAUAUAUUGUAUCGUGUAUUGAUAUAUAUAUAUAUAUAUAUAUAUGAUAUAUAUAUAUAUAUAGAGACACGAGCGCGCACACACAUACAUGUACCACGAUCGAUCGUGUAAUUGACUCGUCGUCAGUGUAUGUGUCACGGUGCAUUGAGAAUAAACGUUGCAUCCCAGGAGAGAC